UGCAGUCAGCCUGCUAUAUAUGUUUGGGCAUGAAAUAGUGUCAGUAUAGAAUGAAAUGUUUGUUCGUGGAAUUUGUAUAUUUUGCCUCCUAAGCUGAGGAAAAAGAAAUGGAUUCCGCAAGGAGUUGGUUGCAAAAGUUUCAGCCACGAGAUCGAUCUAGGUCUUCAACUAGGAAGAAGGAAUCUAUGGAUUCUGGAAAAGAGGAGUCAAAACCUCUGUCUGCCGAGGAAGCCUCCAACAUUACAAAGCAGAAGGUUGCUGCAGCAAAGCAGUAUAUAGAGAACCAUUACAAAGAGCAAAUGAAGAACUUGCAGGAGAGGAAAGAGCGGCGAAAUUUACUGGAGAAAAAGUUAGCUGAUGCUGAUGUCUCAGAGGAAGACCAAAACAACCUAUUAAAAUUCUUAGAGAAGAAGGAAACUGAAUACAUGCGCCUUCAAAGGCACAAAAUGGGUGCUGAUGAUUUUGAGUUACUGACAAUGAUAGGAAAGGGUGCAUUUGGAGAGAACAGGUUGGGCCCCUAUAUUCAGAUUUCUGCAGUCCCAAAUAGUUCCUUUGAUGGAAAGACCUUUGAUGGAAAGAGACAAGUUCAUGCAACAAAAGAGUCCAUGGGCCCCGUCCAGUUUAAGAAUUCCUUCAUUUCCCAUUUGUGCUCUGAGGCAGGUAGGUGUCAGGUCUGGCGUGAGAUUGUCAGAGUCUGUAGAGAAAAGACAACAGGUCAUGUAUAUGCAAUGAAAAAGCUUAAGAAAUCAGAAAUGCUUCGAAGAGGCCAGGUUGAGCAUGUGAAAGCUGAAAGGAAUCUGCUUGCAGAGGUGGACAGCAACUGCAUUGUCAAACUAUAUUGUUCUUUUCAAGAUGAUGAGUAUCUAUAUCUCAUCAUGGAAUAUCUACCUGGUGGAGAUAUGAUGACUUUGCUUAUGAGAAAGGACACCUUGACUGAACAUGAGGCUAGAUUUUAUGUUGCUGAAACAGUUUUGGCUAUUGAAUCCAUUCAUGAACACAAUUACAUUCAUAGGGACAUUAAGCCUGACAACUUGCUGCUCGAUAGAUAUGGUCACUUGAGACUAUCCGAUUUUGGAUUAUGUAAACCUUUAGACUGCAGUACUCUACAAGAGAAGGAUUUUUCAAUGGGGGACAACUGUAAUGGAGCCUCUAGGAAUGAUGAACGCACUGCAGCUCCAAAACGCACACAACAAGAGCAACUACAGCAUUGGCAGAGAAAUAGGAGGAUGCUUGCUUAUUCAACUGUCGGUACACCAGAUUAUAUCGCUCCAGAAGUUUUGCAGAAGAAAGGUUAUGCAAUGGAAUGUGAUUGGUGGUCCCUGGGCGCUAUUAUGUAUGAAAUGCUUGUCGGGUAUCCUCCUUUCUAUUCUGAUGAUCCUAUGUCCACAUGUCGGAAGAUAGUGAACUGGAGAACACAUUUAAAGUUUCCUGAAGAAGCAAAGCUAUCUUCAGAAGAGAAAGAUCUUAUCAGUAAACUGCUUUGUGAUGUCAAACAGAGGCUCGGUUCAAAAGGCGCAGAUGAAAUAAAGGCUCAUUCCUGGUUUAAAGGUGUUGAUUGGAACAAAAUAUACCAAAUGGAAGCUGCAUUCAUUCCUGAGGUUAAUGAUGACUUGGACACCCAAAACUUUGAAAAGUUUGAGGAGUCUGAAAAUCAAACUCAGGCUUCAUCAAAAGCUGGACCAUGGAGAAAGUGUUAG